AUGACAUAUACUGCCCUUCUAGCUGGGUUUCGGAGAGGACCUUUCCUGUUCCAUGUCAACAAGUUUCCACCUAAGAGUUAUGAGAACCCGGUGUCCGAGGCAUAUCACCGCGAGAAUGGUCAUACGAUAGACCAAUGUUACGAACUCCAGGAUGAGAUCGAAGCAUUAAUUAGGCGAGGUCGUCUAAGCCGAUUUGUGGGUGAGAAGAAGCAAGCAGAGCAACAUGAGAACACACCAAAUAAGCAACCACAUGCUACGAAAGACAUCAAUGUUAUCUCAGGUGGAACAACUCUAGCUAGGGACUCCAACAAAGCACGAAAGGAGUAUGCACAACGUACCCCAGGUGGACUCGAGGCCCUCUCUGUUGGUCCAGGCUAUCAGACUCCGAAGUCACCCAAGCUUGGGUACUCAGCGAUCACCUUUAACAAGGAAGAGGAAAAAGGUGUAGUUCAUCCGCAUGAUGACCCAUUCAUAAUCCAGGCUGAGAUCACAAAUUAUUGUGUGAAACGAGUCUUCAUUGACACAGGCAGUUUGGUUAAUAUCAUCUUUACAUCGGCUUUCGAACAUAUAGAGAUAUCACGAGAAGACCUUAAGCCAGUGGUCACUCCCUUGCUCGGAUUCACUGAGGACAGCAUCAACUCCAUUGGAAGCGUUACACUACCUCUGUCACUGGGGACAGCACCCCAAUGGACAACGAUUUACACAACUUUUCUAAUAGUUGAAUGCCUUUCUGCUUAUAAUGUCAUUUUAGGUCGGCCGGCCUUAUGCUAUCUUUGA